AUGGGCAGCUUCACGUUCAAAUGGGAGCGUCCCGCCGACGAGGUCUACGUGACCGGCACCUUCGAUAGCUGGAACAAGAGCAUCAAGCUCGACAAGGACGGCGAUGUUUUCCAGAAGACGGUCAAAUUGAAGGAUGCCUCGGAGAAGAUAUAUUACAAGUUCGUUGUCGACAACAACUGGGUCAUCAACGAGGCCGCACCAAAGGAACCUAACCACGAGGGCAACAUCAACAACUUCCUCACUCCCGACCAAAUCAUCCAACAAGCUCCCGCCGCCGCCAUUAUCAACUCCGUCACCCCCGCCUCUACCACCGCUGCAAUGGCCGCUGAGAAACCUGUCGAGACCAAGCCCGCCGAGGCCGCGGCUGUCGGCGAGAAGGCUGUAGAGGAGAAACCAGCCGAGGAGGCUCCCGUAGAGAUAAAGCCCACAGAAGAGAAGCCUGCGGAGGAGAAGCCCGCUGAGACUGCUCUCACGGAGGAGAAGCCUCUGGAAGAGAAGGAUGGCGGGGCCCCCGUUGAGGUCAAGCCCGCGGAGGAGUCUCCAGUCGAGACUGAGGCUGCAGAGGAGAAGCCCGCUGAGACAAAUCCCGUGGAAGAGAAGACUAUCGAGGUACCCGUUGAGGUCAAGCCCGUGGAGGAGUCUCUAGCCGAGACCAAGGCUGCAGAGGAGAAGCCUGUCGAGGCGCCCGUCGAGACCAAACCCACUGAAGAGAAGCCCGUGGAGGAGAAUCCUGCAGAGGCCCCGGCUGAGGCUUCCACUGAGCCUAAGGAGACGAAGACCGAGGAGCCGAAGACCGAGGAGGUCAAGCCUGAGGAGGUCAAGACCGAGGAGCCCAAGGCUGAGGACAAGGCUGAGACUCCCGUGGUUGGCACUGAGAACGGCGACGCGGCCGCUGAGAAUGGUAACCAAACCGCUGAAACCAAGCCUGGCGAGCCCGCCGCCAAAGGCAGCACGACCGCCACGACCGAGACUAAGAAGAAGCACUGGCUCAGCGCCAUUUUUUUCGUUUCAGCAGCGCUUUGUUUCUUUGGGGCGGGCUGGUGUCUUCGUCAAUGAUUCCCCCUGGAUCCGUGC